AUGGAGCAGCGUGGGGUCUCGAGAUGGGGCAGAGCGCUGGGUGCCUUUGGAUGCGGCGUGGCGUCGUUUUGGUUCUACCCCAUGAAGGUCGCCGACAGGACCUACCUCUCCGAGAACGCACUCUUGCCUACACACGCCGACACCCAGUUCGGGUCGGAGGAAGCUCGCGGCAUCUACGCCUACAACACCGGCUACCAGUCCUUCCUGUCCAAGCUCGCCAAGGACAACGUACCACCCCAGGAAGCCAGCAGGCGGACAGCCGUGUGGCUGGGCAAGCAGCUGACGGCCAUCGGCUGCAAGGUGUACGUGCAAUGCUACCGACCUCGCCUCUACCCCAGCGAGACCGACCGGCAAGUGGCGAGCGACGACGUGGGCUACAACGUCUACGCUGUUCUCUCCUCUCCUCGGGGCGACGGCACUGAAUCGCUCGUGCUGAGUUCGCGCUACGACACCGAGCCCAGCCGCGAGCAAAUCUUGACCGGCCCGCCAGUCCUCCUGGGACUUAUGAAGCUCUUCGAAAGUCGCGCGUGGCGAGACAAGGAGUUCGUGGCCGUGUUCACCGACGGGCGACACCGGGACGAGGGCAUCAAGGCGUGGCUCAACAGCUACCACUCCACCGAGCCGUUUGUCUCCUGCCUCGACCACGUCAACAGCACCACCAAGAUUGCGGACAAGUUGAGCCAAUGGACGCAAUUCGGAUUCCAACGCGCGGGGACCAUCAUCGCUGCGGUCAAUCUCGACAUCCGUACGACUCGCCCGAGCGAGCUCACUCUCCUGGCCGAGGGAACCAACGGCCAGCUGCCUAAUCUGGAUCUCAUCAACACGGCCGUCCGCAACGCGCGCCGCUCCGCUUGCCAGAUCCACAUGCCCAGCGACUAUGCCCACACCCUCGUGGCCAAGCUCCCGACCGCGCUCACGCAGGACGUGCCGAUCGGCAGCGAUCGUCUUAAUCUCCUCAACUUCAUCAUCUCCCUUUCGAUGGGUACCGGAUCGGGCGACCACGCCGCCUUCACCGCACACCGCAUCGACUGCAUCACCCUGCAAGCGCUGGGCCAAGAGGACGCGGUCAAGAGAGAAGACGUGACCGCCGUCAACGCGCUCGGAAGAACGCUGGAAGGCACGGUGCGUUCGAUCAAUGGAUUGAUUGAGCGCCUGCACCAGUCGUUCUACUUCUACCUCCUGCUCGACGUCGACAUCUACGUCCCCAUCGGCUACUACACCGCGUCGCUGUGGCUCCUCCUUUGCCCUCUCAUCAUCAAGUCGGUGUACCUCCUGUACUCGUUCGCGGCUGCCAAGGGUCCGUGGGCCUUCGAUCUGGCGCGCUUCACCGUUAUCGUCGCGGCGUGCAUCAUCAUCUUCUACCUGCCCUUCGUUCUCCGCCACUUCAUCGACCUCUACGAACAUUUGCUGUUCGCCUGGUUCGGCCUCACGGCGCUGGUCAUCGCGAUCUGGCUCUUCGUGCUGCUGCCCGCUCUAGAAAAAGCCCUGCGACCCUACCUCCCCACCUACACCCUCGGCGCCUCCGCUAAAGAACGAAGGGACUGGACCGCGGGCGCUGGCGUCGCGUUGAGCACCACCCUCCUCUUCCUCGCCAACUGCUCUGUGCUCAACUUCAGCUUCUGCGUGAUCGCGGCGAUCGUGCUGAGCCCGGUCUACGCGCUCAUCACACCGUCGGCGUCGCGGCUGAUGAACGUGCUGCAGCUGCCGAUCGUGUUGGUCUUCUCGCCGUGGGGCCUCAUGUUCCUGCUGUCGCGGGUGCUCGAGGAGUCCUUCGUCGCGACCUGCCUGCGCGUGCUGGCGCACUUCAUGGAAUACUCGACCCUAACCUACACCUUCCUCUUCUUCCCGCUCCUCAUCACCAACCUCACCUUCCUCCACCUCCUCCUCACCUCCGCCUCCCCCAGCUGA